ACAACAAACAUGGUAAAGUAUCUCCUGCUGUUGACCUUGGUCGCUGCCGUCACAGCCAGAACGGCGACCACGGGGCAGAACAAACUAGAAGGUCGAAGCUCAGAUGACAACAUUCUAGGAGAUCUUAAAUUAGCAUAUGAAACCUACAAAGAUUGUAGCGGGUCCGACAUUUCGCACUGCCUCAAACGAAAACUGGCGAAGACUUUGAGCAGGUUGACGAAAGCUGAGGAACUGAACAUCCUGAAUGGUGUCACGAUAACCAAGGAUAACAAUGUGCAGAUUAUGGAGAAGGAGGAGGCCAUCCCCAGGGGUAUGGAUGAGGGGUCACUCAACAACCUCAUUUUGGACAAGGUCGUCAACUUCAUGAGGUCCCAUACAUUGCAGGUGAAGUUCCCCACCGAAGAUGAAACGGACGCAUUAUCUGAUGACCAGGGUCGCAGCAGGAGAAAGAAGUUGGCACCCCUCCUCGCUAUCCCCCUAUUGAUCGGAGGCAUGAUGGUUCCACUGGCCUUCGGAGCCCUAGCUCUCUUGGCUGGAAAGGCCCUCAUCGUCUCCAAGUUGGCUCUGGUGUUGGCUGGUAUCAUUGGAUUGAAGAAGCUGCUGUCUCCAAGCGGCGGAGGACAUGAAGCUCAUGAGGUGGUCGUUUCUGCAGGACACAGUGGCUCUGGGUGGAGCAGGUCGCUGGAGAAGUCGUCUCAUGACUUAGCGUACAACGCCUACGCCCAAUAGCCAAGGAACCCACCGUUAAUAUAAAAUAAUUAAUAAAUCUGCGCAUCUAAGGAC